CAGCGUUGUUGCCUUUUCUUUGUGAUACCCCCAACCCGCCUGCUUCAAUCUUCGCUGUCUUCGACCACGCAAAGAUCCUUUUGAGCAGGUCGCGAACUUCCAUACCCUUCUUCGAACAUCCCUUUUUCACCAUGUCCGACGUUCAGCACAACACCACCCAGGCGGCGGAGACUGUGGUCACAGAUCCUGCCACAGCCACAAGCAUCACCAAGGAUGCUCCUCUGCCGACCGACGCGCAGGUUGACAGCGAAGUGCCAAAGACGGAGACCGAGGCGCCUGCCGUCACCGAUGGUGCUGCAACAGAGCCCGCGACAGAGACUGCCGAGAAGGCCGUGGAGCCUAUCACCGAGGGUCAGCUCGCAUACAAAGGCCCGGGUCUCCUGAAGUCGCUCAUUCCGUCCAAGAAGGAGCUCUGGCUCAGCGACGAAGCCGUCGCCCCACAGAGCCUAGACCUCUAUUUGCGCGGGGAGAAGCCAGAAAUCUCACACGCCGUCGUCGCCUGGGCGAGUCAGACUGGCAAGGGCCUGUUGUUCUUCAACAAGAAGGGCGAGACCAACCGAGCACACCCCGCAGAUGUGCUCGCACUUUACGACGCGUCCGACUUGAAGAAGUUGGCUGCCCACGAGUUCUCAUUCAACCUUGACGGCCACAACCACACCUUCAAGGCUGCAACCGAAGCCGAGCGUGACGGCUGGUAUCUCUCGGUUGAGAGGGCUAUCGAGCAUGGCAAGGCGUCUAAAGAAGAGAUCCUCGCCAGUGAGGGCUACAAAGCCGAGAUUGAGAAGCUCAGCAAGCCCAACGUCGUUGGCGCCGCUACCACUCGAAGUCUUUCCAAGCCAAAGAAGAGCACCAAGGUUCCCAACGCUGAGCGUCUCGGUUCUUCCGAUGGCGAGCUCGAGGAGGGACAGAAGAAGACCCAGAAGAGUCGCUCUACUUCUCGUGGCAUUUUGAACCGCUUCAAGACCAACAAAGAAGAGACUGAACAGAAGACUGCCGAAAAGAAGGCUGAGAACGAGGAGACCAAGGUCGAAAAAGAAGAAACCAAGGCGCCUGAGGAGACACCUGUUCUCGCUUCGACUGAGGCUGCUCCAGUCAUUGCCAGUACUUCCGCUGCCGAUGUACCAGCUGCUGCGGACGUAGUUGCCGAGGACAAGCCUGCCGAAACUCUCCCUGAGGAGAAGGCGAAAGCGAACAAGCGUGGUAGCAUCUUUGGUCGUGUGUCGUCUGGCUGGAGUGGUCUUCGUAGCCCUGCCAAGGAGAAGGAUUUGAAAGAUGCCGAGCUGAAGCCAGACAAUGUCAAUGCUGUCAGCUCUGAGCCACCUGUGCUCCCAGAGACUGCCGCCACCACAGAGCCUGCUGCGGUAACUGCUGUCCCAGCUCUUGAGGAGCCUGCUGUCGAGCCAAAGGCGGAAGAGCAGAAAGAAGAGGUUUCGACUCCCAGCAAGGAGAAGAACAACUUCCUGUCCGGCAUUGGUGGUUUCAUCAAGCGCAACCGAAGCGUCAGUCCAAACACGAACAUGAAGGAACCAGUCAAGACAGAGGAGGUCCCUGCCGUUCCCGCCAGUGAGCAGGCUGCCACCACUGAGCCCGUCGCUAAGGUUGAGGAGCCAGUGGCUGAUGUUCCCGCUGUUGCUGCUGAAAAGCCCACCGAGGCUGCGGCCGAGGAGCCAAGGACAGAGACCACCACGCCAAACAAGCGCCAGUCGGUGCUCGGCAGUCUUGGACGCCGUGCCAGCAAGGCUCUGAACCGCAUGCAGGCGCCUAAGAAAGAGAACGCGGCUCCUGUCGCCACUGACGCCAAGGCCGAGGAGGCCACUGCCUCUCAGACUGCAGAAGAGACUCCUCUCGCCAAUGGCGAGGCCAAGAAGGAAGAGCCUCAGACCAUCGGCGACGUUGUCCCAGAGGCUGUCAACGUUGGUCAGGCACAGCACUCGACGCCUACCGUCACCGCCAGUGCAUAAGCUUGCGGUAGCGCGACUGAAGCCGAUCCGGCGCGACGGAAUGUCCUCGAUCUCAGAUUGUUUGACAACCAAGCGUCGAUUGCUUACAAAAUACGGGCUCGCUCUGCCCAUGGCUCGAGCUCACCAUGAUCACCACACUCACGGCCUCCGCUGCUUUGCACCUAAUCACCAACUCUCUACACUCGCUCACGGUUUGCGGCAGCCCUGUUUGGCGGAUUGCAUUUCUGCAUUGGGAGCAAGGAUUUGCGCUUGGCGGCGUCUGUUGAAUCGAUACCACGUUAGUUUGUUUGUUUACUGAUGCGAAUACCCCUGAAACGAUGAUACCCGUUAGAAGUGGUUGAGGCAGAUUCAAUUGAUAGUCUGGUAAUAGAAUGCUCUGGUUUCACACUGUUCC